AUGGCUUCAAAAGAAGAUAAUUUACCAUCUCUGUAUGCAGAGUUAAAUAAAUAUGGUCGUAAUAAUGAAUUUGAAAAAGCUCUAAAAGUAGCAAACAGAAUUCUUGGAAUUUCUCAAGAUGAGGAAGCUGCUAUAAAUUGCAAAAUUGUUUGUUUAAUUCAGCUAGGAAAGUUCAAUGAUGCACUCCAGUUUAUUUCUAGAUAUCCCAAAUUAUCUGAAAUGUUGGCGUUUAAAAAAUCGUACUGUCUUUAUCGACUGAAUCAGGUAUCAACAGCUUUGAAAGUUAUUGAAAGCAUUGAAAACCCAUCACUUGAAGUGAAAGAACUGAAAGCUCAAAUUUUAUAUCGUUUAGAACGAUAUGAAGAGUGUUUUAAUAUGUAUCGAGAUAUUAUAAAAAAUUCUCAUGAUGAUUAUGAAGAUGAAAGAGAAACAAAUUUGGCAGCAGUCAUUGCAAACUUAGCUGCAGUAGAAUCCAAAAUGGAUAUACCACAAUUAAGAGAAGACACAUAUGAAUUGACAUAUAAUGCUGCAUGUCGCCUGAUUGAACAAGCUAGUAUCUCUGGUGAUCGUGCUACAUUAAUUGAGGCUGAAAAAAAACUUCGUGCAGCGGAAAAAAUGUGUACAGAAGCAUUGGAAGAAGAAGGAGAGGGUGAAGGAGAUAUUGAUAGUGAAUUGGGUAUCAUCAGAGUACAAUUGGGAUACGAUUUACAAUUACAAGGGCGUGAAAAAGAAGCCCAAGCUUUAUAUAUGAAUGCUUUAAAAGUUAAACCAGAUGACAUUUCUCUGGUUGCCGUAGCAAGUAAUAAUCUUGUAACUUUGAAUAAAGACCAUAAUGUUUUCAGCAGUAAGAAGAGAAUGAAAAGUGCAACUGUAGAAGGUUUGGAACAUAAAUUAACUACAAGACAGAGGAAAAAUAUUGCAUAUAAUCAAUGCUUAUUAGCAUUAUACACAAAUCAAGGUGAACAAUGUCAAAAACUUUGCAACAAUCUUAUUAAAGAUUAUCCAGAUAUGAAAGCUGAAGCCACAUUCGUAAAUGCCAUGCAGUUGAGUAAAGAAGGCAAAACUAACGAGGCAAUUAAUUAUUUAUUAGAAAACGCUUCUGAAGAAACCGAAUUAUGUAUGAAAUUAGCUUGUGUGCAGAUGCUUCUUUCUCAAGGAAAUCGCCAAUUUGCAAUAGAUAUUUUAGAAAAUAUAAGUGAUAAAUAUCGAUUUUUAUCUGGCAUCGUCAGCGCACUCGUAACCCUUUACAUGGCAGAUAAUAAUCGAGAAAAAGCUGCUGUAGUUUUAAAGAAUGCUGUCAAUUAUUACAAAGUUAAUCAAGCAAAUACAGGAGAUUUAUGUACAUUAUGGCGACAAGCUGCUGAUUUUCAUCUUCGUGGUGGAGAAGUUAGUGUUGCUGUAGAAAGUUUGGAAGCUCUUUUAAAAGUUUCACCAUCUGAUAAAAAAGCUUUGGCUCAGUUAAUAAUCGCUUAUGCUCAAUUUUCGCCUGCUAAAGCUCAAGAUUUAUCUAAAUUACUGCCUCAGAUAGAUUACUCCACAGAAUCCUCUUUCGUAGAAAACCUAGAGAAGAGUAAUUAUAUUGUUGGUCCGAAAGUAAAUCUAUCACCCGAACCAGAUACAACGACCGUUAAAAAAAGAACAAAACGUAAGCGCAAAGGUAAACUUCCGAAGAAUUAUAAUCCAAAUGUUACACCAGAUCCUGAAAGAUGGCUACCGAGACACGAAAGAAGUGGAUUUAGGAAAAAGAGAGAUCGAAGAAAUCGAGAUACAACUAUGAAAGGUACCCAAGGAACGGCAGCUGGUACUAGUGAUUUGUAUGAUAUUACCAAAAUGCCAGCUAAUGUUAAGCCAUCACCUAAUUCACGGUACAGUCCGGCCGUUGAAACAGCAGGACCUCGACAACAACAACGAAAAGUUCAGCAAAAGAAAAAGAAAAAGGGUGGAAAGUGGUAAUAAUAAUACAAUAUUCUCUUUAUAUAAUUCUCACUUAUGUCUUUUAAUUUGUACAAUUCUGUUAAUAUAUUAUUUUUGUUUGAUACCAAACAAUAAAUGAAAAUUUAAUUAAACACUUUAAACUAUACAAAAUUUUUAAUUUAUUACAACUAUUGUACAAUGUAAAUCCA